UGAGGAGAAGGAAGGCGGUAGCGUGGGCGACGCCGCCACCGCAAAUCCCUCUCUCCUCUCCCCGUGUCUGCCGCUUCCGCCGAUCGCUGACGCUCCCGUGUCCCUUCUCCUUUUGCUGGGGCCAGUACCUAGAAUACGAUCGCGAGCCGCCUGAAUCUGGCCCAGUUCGUCACAGAUCGAGACGGUUAAUCGCCAGGUUAGGAGGCAAACAAGAUGGAGAGUCAGCCACUCAGACUCUCUGGGAUUGGGCAGUUGUUUACUGAAUUCUUGCCUGAUGCAAGAGUUCCAAGAGUAGAAGUUAUCUAUCCUCAACCUCAUCGAGCAGUGAAAGUACCUACCAUGUUAGAUUGCGUAGGCAGUUUGCCUUCCAUGACGAAGUGUGUUUUACCUGUUCAGCAAGGAGACCAUAACAACCUUGAUUUCUUCGAUACAUUUUUUGAUAAGGAUGAAACUGGAGACAAUCAAACUGAUUUUUUCUGCGGCUCGCCGCCUCUAAGAACCACUAAUCCUGUGGUGUGGGAUGCUUUCUUUACUAAAGAAAACAUUGGAUUUAGUCCAACAACAAUCCAUGAAUCAAGGACUCAAGCUAGAGUAGAACAAAGCCCCCGAUCAUGCAGUUCGUCGUUUGACAAAAAACCAGGCACUAGUUCUGUUUCUGGUCUUGUGGUUUCCGCUCUGUAAUGAUCUAUAGUUGGUCUUCACCGUAGCUUUCCUACUACCAGUGUACACAAUUUUCCCCUCCCCCAUCUUCAUAUCCUCAGAAUUAUCAUACAUUGAGCGUGUGAUCCAAGGUUAUAGUUCAAACAUAGAUCCACCUGAAACUUCUCCAAUUGUUUGUGAAUGAUGUAAAUAUGUAAAAAGCAUGUUUCCAUAAUAUAAUCUUAUUCAGAGGGCAGCUAGCUGCUUGUUGUAUCA